AUGGAAAUCACCAAGUCUGUCGACAAGGAGCGCAUACAUCGCUUCUGCUGUAGUUGGAAGGCUUGCGAGAAGAUGCUAUCAGAAGGCUGCAAAUCCUCGAAGAGCAUCAUACUUGCGCAGAAAUUUUUCCAGGGAUUCAAACGGACGUCGGAUCUCAUCAGACACACUCGAAUCCAUACCAAGGAACGGUCAUAUCCAUGCUCAACACCGGGCUGCGGGAGAAGCUUCACACAAAGAAGUGCGUUGACAGUACACCUCCGUACACAUACUGGAGAGAAACCAUACGAAUGCCAUCAAUUUGGAUGCUACAAACGAUUCGCCGAUGUGAGUGGACAGAACUUGGACUCUAACGUUCGCAAGUCUUCCAGUUUUGCGCGUCAUCGUCGGGUACAUCUAAGCAAACGUCCAUACGCUCUUGAAAUCUGUCCUAAAAGUCUCGGCCACAAGAGGGCUCUGAUUGAGCAUCGCAAGAUCAUCCAUAACUUGGCGUCUGGAGAGGAAUUCGACGAGUCUUUGGGGGAACUUACGAACGCUGCGAAAGAUGACAGCCUGGUGACGUGUUCGAAUCCGAUGCUAGAACAUGUUUACGAUGAUACGACGAGCCCCACGGAAAUGAAAGGGGAGCAUUGCUCUUCCCUUGACCAUACGCAUCACACGACAGGCCAGCUCCAUAAACAGGACGAGCUAUUUUACGAGAACCAAGCCAGUGAGCAAUUGGCAUUCCCGACCAUCCACCCAGAAUACGAGUACGAAGAGCCGCAGGGCUUCUAUCAGGGUCCUCUCUACUCAAGCUGCAGCAGGGAUGUCACAAAUCAGCGGCCAAACCCCUCGUGGAGUUUCUGCCCGUCUUCUCAGCAUUCACAUCACGAGUGCAGCCCACAUCCAGCAAACAUACCUUUGGGUCUGUCGGGGAUGGCUGGCAAUGCAGAGCUUGACAGUGAGACUGGAUACCUGCUUGUACAAGAUCACGCGCCUUCCAUAGCCGGAUUCCCUCCGGCUAUUACACCACACCAUAUCUACCCUAUGCAAGAGGCCGAUUGGCCGAGAGGCCAGAUGUGGUACAAUGAUGGAUUCAAAUGUCGCUCCAGCUUGGUCCCACCAAAGUGGCAGACCCGCACAGACCUGAUUGAGACAUACACAUGAUCAUCCGCAAUUUAGUUCUGGCUAGGUUUUAGUAGGUUGUAGUAGCACGCAUUGCGCUGCAUCCCACACAUUUGAUUCUAUCAGCGAAUUGUUCCUAUCUAGAGCACAAGACCAACAACGUGAUUUCUUAG